UCCUCCCGGCUGUCAGCUGUGGCCCUAGGCGCCCAGGCAGGGUGGCGGUGGCCAUUGGCGGAGAGGAGGGCGGGGCGGGGUCGCCCCGAGCCGCUACACUAGGCCGCUCCAGUGGAGGUGAGCAGUUGGCCUGGGAGGCACUGCGCCUGCAAGCAGCGAUUCGGCUGGGCCCUGGGAAGCAGAGUGUGCUGCAGCGAUCCGGCUUGGCCAUGGCAGCGGCGCCUCUGAAAGUGUGCAUCGUGGGCUCAGGGAACUGGGGAUCAGCUGUUGCAAAAAUCAUUGGAAAUAAUGUAAAGAACUUGCAGAAGUUCGCCUCCACGGUCAAGAUGUGGGUCUUCGAGGAAACCGUUAACGGGAGGAAGCUGACAGACAUCAUCAACAAUGACCACGAAAACGUGAAAUAUCUCCCUGGACACAAGCUGCCAGAAAACGUGGUCGCUGUCCCGAAUCUCAGCGAGGCCGUGCAGGAUGCGGACCUGCUGGUGUUUGUCAUCCCCCACCAGUUCAUCCACAAGAUCUGCGAUGAGAUCACGGGCAAGGUGCCCAAGAAGGCCCUGGGCAUCACGCUCAUCAAGGGCAUAGAUGAGGGCCCCGAAGGGCUGAAGCUCAUCUCCGACAUCAUCAGAGAGAAGAUGGGCAUUGACAUCAGCGUGCUGAUGGGGGCCAACAUCGCCAGUGAGGUGGCUGCGGAGAAGUUCUGCGAGACCACCAUUGGUAGCAAAGUGCUGCUGAACGGCCUUCUCUUCAAAGAGCUGCUGCAGACACCCAACUUCCGGAUCACUGUGGUGGAUGAUGCGGACACGGUGGAGCUUUGUGGUGCUCUGAAGAACAUAGUUGCUGUGGGAGCUGGCUUCUGCGAUGGCCUCCGCUGUGGGGACAACACCAAGGCAGCCGUCAUCCGUCUGGGACUCAUGGAAAUGAUCGCUUUUGCCAAGAUCUUUUGUAAAGGCCAGGUGUCCACGGCCACCUUCCUGGAGAGCUGUGGGGUAGCUGACCUCAUCACCACCUGCUAUGGAGGGCGGAACCGCAAGGUGGCAGAAGCCUUCGCCAGGACUGGGAAGACCAUUGAAGAACUGGAGAAGGAGAUGCUGAACGGGCAGAAGCUCCAGGGCCCUCAGACCUCUGCUGAGGUGUACCGCAUCCUCAAGCAGAAGGGGCUACUGGACAAGUUUCCUCUCUUCACGGCGGUGUACCAGAUCUGCUAUGAAGGCAAGCCUGUCACAGAGAUGCUGUCUUGCCUGCAGAGCCACCCGGAGCACAUCUGAAGGAAGUCGGGCAGCCAGCAGGGAGCAGUCUCAUCUGUGGUCACCCAGGAAACCAGGGCUUGGCAGUGAGAUCCCUGCUGAACUGUACUGUGAUCUGAACACUUACAGAUUGUCCCAACUUUGAUCCCAUGCUGGGAGAAGCACUUCCCUGUCUAAGAGGUGUGCGUACGUGCGUGCAUGUGUGUGCGUGUGUGCAUGUGUGUGCGAAAGUGUGCUCCUUUCUCAUUCUGUGGGUGUGUCUCUAAACCCAAAUCAGGUGUCUAUUUUAAUGAUCACAUUUGAAAUCUCCCUGCCAGGCAGGGAAGCUUGUGAGAUUGGAACUAACUCAGCUAAACAUUAUGGAUUGUAUGGAUGUGACUCACUUACAUGUGAGUAGAAGGUGGAAUUGUUUUUUUUCUGAUACAGUUAUCCAGCGAACUCCUUGGAUUGUGGGUUGAUCGCUUAACAAUCAGGUGUUUUAAUUAGAUAGUCCACUUACACAUUUCUCCGCGAUAAAGAUGCCACAUUUCUUGCCCCUUUCCUCAUCGCUAGCUGCCGGAAUGGGCUUCUGCCCAGCAAUGGCGGAGGGAGGAGACAUCCCUGCAGUGGCUGACAUCCUUCUGGGGACAGACACUUUACCAUGCUCUGUGUUGGGUGGGCUUUUCUGCACCUGUGUCCCCUCAGGCUCAUGGAGCCCGGAAGGACUGCUGUCACUCUCUCCUCAUGUUAGAAGCUACAGUUGUCCCUGGUCACCCAGCGACGUAGACAGGAGCCUAUCCACACUCCUCCAUCCUUCCAGGACGGGACCUGCUAGGAUGUCACUGGGCCUCUUUGCCUAUAGGAAUGCUAUGUGCAUCCUUUCCUGAGGCCACAGGAGGGUUUCCUGCCUUGGAGAUUUGUAGGGCAGAGUGUCUUGGGGAAGGUCACUUCUCCAAGUGAUGUCCCCAAUCCAGCAGGGUCAUGGUACUCUUAAGAAAGUGGGUUCCCAGGCCUCAAGAAUGGCUGUGUUUCAACAUGCCUUCCAUGUGUUUCUGAUGCUCACUACAGUGAGAGCCACCACAUUAGAGAAUAUACCUUAGCGUGACCUUCACUGUGCAGUGUUCUCUCGGGCACGUGUCCUGAGGUCUUCUGGCUAUUCCAGGUGGCCCCUGGGAUGGCCAAGUGAGUUUGGGAAUGGUUGCCUCUGCACACUUUCCUGGGUGUAAGCUGGGUGCCAGCACCUCCACAGACCCUGCUAAGCUAACAAGUCCCCAACACGGGGACCAGAGUAUCAGCCAAAAUGUCUAGAGAAGACUGUUAUAGGGUGAGGUGGCCCUCGCUCCCCACAGUAAAUUAGGAUGACUAACUACCUGUGAGAGUUUGUUCUAUGUAGCCUGGGCUGGCCUCAAACUUGUCAACUUCUUGCCUCUGUCUCCUGGGUAGCUGGGAUUGCCAUCCCCAGCUGGGAUAGCAGUUUCUAGACUUUCUGAACCCCUGAGGAAGCUUCCAGGUGACAGGGUCACCAGGUGACAGGGUCGCGAGCAGACAAGCUGAGGUCAGCCUCACUGAGACGCACACGAUAUGUAGUAAGUGCUUUGGAUUCUGAAUCAGAAUGUGAAUGAUCAUAUCUUUAUUUAAAAGUUGGGCAUCCCAUGAGGGUGAAUGAAUGAAUGUCAUAUAGUCAUGUGCUUCUAACUUCUGAGAUUCUCCACUUCCUCCCCCUCAUCUUGGGUUUGGUAUCCCCACCCCACCCCAGUCAACACCCCUUAUCUAACUGAAAUGAUUGUAAAAAUAAGUUUUUAUGGGAAUUUUUAAACUAUCCAAAAAGACUUUUGGAGCACUGUAGAGUCCCAUACCUAAGAGCCUAUGGAAGCGCACAGCUGAAAGUUCAGUUUUUGUAAUGGUGUUGUUGAUUGGUUCUUUCCUUGUCUCCUAAUGAAUCUUUUUUAAACUUUGUACAUAGGUAACGAAGAGUUACUUUUUAAGAUAUCCAAAGGGCUGUAAGCUACUGUGGUGUCUACAAAGUAGGACAGUGAGGAAUUGGUAACUUCUUGUGUUCUGCAUCCUCAUGGACAUCCCCAUCUGGCACUCACUUUCUCUCUAGGCCUCGUCCUUCCGGGCCCUUCCUCCUUUCCUUCAUGAAUACCCCUCACCAUCGUAACCCACACUGAUGGAAACAGAUACCGUUCUUAAGCGUGUGUUCCGAUAGCCAGAAGCAUCGCUCCAUACGUUACCUAUCUCUGUAACCACUGCUGACCGAUGUUUCUCAUGAGCUGUGGUAGGAGGAACAGAGAUACCUAGACAGAUCCUUUAUCUGUGGAUGUAAAACGAAAGUAUUGCCUUGCUCCUCUCCUCCCCGCAGCACUUGGGGACAAGUCUGUCUGGGAAGCCAGCCUUCUGGCGUUUUAAGACCUGGCCUACGGAGGGUGCUGAGGUGAGGGAGCCGUGUCCAGACACAAUUGUUUCUCUGCCAGCUCUGCUUGACGAGCCUCUUACUUCCAUAUGUACUGUGUAUGCACGGCUGUGGACUGUAGGUGGGUGCAUAAUUUAAAGGCUUGGUUUAAUAAACACAACCGAUCAAACCUGUACCAUGGAGCCUAUUUUUCUCCUUUCUUGUUUUUACAAUUUAAUAUUUUAUUAUUGCAUUUUAAGUAUAUGAAUGCUUGCCUACAUGUAUUAUUGCACCAUGAGAAUGCCUGGUGCCCUCAAAGGCCAGAAGAGGACAAUGGAUCCCCUGGAACUGGAGCUACAGAUGGUUGGAGCCACCAAGUGGGUCCUGGGAAUCACCCUAGGUUCUCUGGAAGAACAGCCAAUGCUCUUAACUGCUGAACUGUGGAGGCGCACAACACAAGCCUGUUCCACCUUGACUAAAGGGCAGAGAGUUUGGACUUAUUUUUGUUCUUUCAAAGCUGUUGGUAUGGCACCAAACAAGAAGCCCUGAUCUAGGCUGUGGUUUCUUGGUGUUUUGGACAUUAAGAUGGCCCAUAGAGGUGGGUCCGCUCCACCCUGACCAAAGGUCAGAGAAUUCUAACCUAUUCCUGCUCUUUCAUUUUAAAAUAGGUUUGACCCAGAGAGUGGCUGCCUACAGGAUACUUGGUCUAGAGUGUAUUUGCUGCAUAUCCUGCCCAAAACACCAAAAUGCUUUACUCAGGAAAUAAUGGCUUGGUGUCUCAAGUACUGAAGCAAGUAACUGUCCUGGUUGUCCUUUGUGUAUGUUAAAGUAGCCUUUUGCCUCCCCCCCCCCUUUUGUAUUGGGGUAUAAAAGCGUAUGGAAAAUAAACACAGGCAGAUUCGGUAUUCACUGAGUUGCC